AUGGACUCUGCAUCGAGAGCUCAGAGGAGAAGGAUAACCGUGGCGGCAGCUGCAGCCCCCGACGGGGGCUACGCCUGGUUCAUCUUGCUCUCCUGCUUUCUAGUUUUUGGUCUGACCUUUGGGGUCAUUAAAGCAUUUGGUGUAUUCUACGUUGAGAUACAUCGAUACUUUGAAACCACAGCAACAGGUACAUCGUGGAUCACCUCUAUUGCGGUGGCUACCAUUCACAUUGUAGCUCCAGUGGCAUCUGCACUCAGCGCCCGCUUUAGCCAUCGCGCUGUAGUGAUAACGGGGGGUCUUAUGUGCAGCUUAGGAGUUGUAUUUGGAGCUUUUGCCAAUAACCUCACUGAACUCUACUUGACAGUAGGGUUUCUAAAUGGAUUUGGCUAUGCUUUAACGUGGACGCCCACAGUGACCAUGCUGGGCUAUUACUUUGAGAAGAGGCGCCCGGUGGCAAAUGCCUUAUCCAGCUCAGGAGAAUGCAUUCUUACCUUUGUCCUCACCCCCUUAUUUCAGCUGCUGAUUGACAGCUUCUCUUGGAGAGGUGCUCUGCUGAUCUUAGGGGGUCUGCAGCUUAACCUGUGCGUAUGUGGGAUGUUGUUGAGGCCCCUGAAAGCCACCAAAGAUCCUACUAAUGGCAGUGAGAUAAAAGCUGCAGAAGAAAGCUUGGACAUCAGAUCAGUCUCUAAAGAGGACUUGGAUGAGGUCAAGUCCAGCUGCCAUGUAGGGAAAGAGCUGGAAAUAUCCGAGGAUGCUGAUGACAGAACUAAGUGGACUGAACUAAAGAACAAAAUUCUUCUAUAUGUAGAUUAUACCCUCAUUACAAAUGCUCAGUUCAUGAUCUACUCUAUGUUUGGGGUGUUUGCUGCUCUGGGUUUCUUUGCCCCAGCUCUGUUCCUGGUUCCCUAUGCCCGCAGUAAAGGGAUCGAGGAGUACCAGGCAGCUGCUCUUAUGUCCAUCUCUGCAGUGCUGGACCUCUUUGGAAGAGUGUUUUUUGGCUGGGUGGCAAACCUGAGACUGAUAGAGACGGUGCAGCAGCUGACGGCUACAGUGAUUCUGCUGGGUACAGUGUUACUGCUAUGCCCGUUGGCUACCUCGUUUUCAGAGCUGGUUGCUUUUAGUGGAGUUUAUGGGCUGGUGUAUGGUGCAACGGUUGCCAUUCACAUCACUGUGCUGGCUGAGGUUGUAGGCGUCCAGAGGCUCGGAAGUGCACUGGGGUUCUUCAUGCUUAUACGCAGCAGCGGAGGCCUGCUCGGACCACCUAUUGCUGGAUUCUUCAUUGACAAGAUGAGUGAUUAUGGGACAGGUUUCCUCAUGGCAGGGGUGUCUCUCAUUGUCUCUGCCUUGUUCCUGCUCCUCCUCCACAUAAUGAACCGAAGAGGUGAGGGCACAGCUAACAAGAGCCAGAAUACACACAAGAACAACAUAGGACAAAGUCUAGGAGGAGAAGAAAAAGAGGAGCAGGACAUGGCAUGACAGAGGAUUUUCUGCAGUUGGUGAGUUUAAAAUGGUCACUGAGCCAAAGAUUGCCAUCAAAAAAGGAAAAAGAAGAAGUCAAAAACUGUCACCCUGCCAUAUGUUUCUUUUACGUACACAAGCAUCACACAAAAUUUCCACUGGAAAU